AUGAGGACAGCCGUCCGUAACGCCCCGGCGGCUGCCGCCGGCCGCAACGCCGUUCCCGCCGCCGCCGCCAACUUCGCCACCGCCGCUCCCAAGGAGACCAAGAAGCGCGCCUCGUCCACCACCACCAAGGCCAAGGCCGGCACGUCCAAGGCCUCGGCUGCUUCCGCCGCCGCCGCCGCCGAGAAGAAGCCCAAGGCCAAGGCUCCCAAGAAGGAGAAGCUCAAGCCCUGGCAGGCACGCGGUGCCGACGGCAAGCUCCUCCCGCUUCCCUCGGCCAGCAAGCCCACGCUGCGCUCGUCGUUCCUGAUCUACAUGUCGGAGCGCGUCUCGCAGCUCAAGGGCGAGGCCCAGUACCAGAAGACGUCGCCCAAGACCGGCGCCCAGGUCGUCGACAUUGUCAAGAUGGCCAAGGCCGUCGGUGCCGAGUGGGCCCAGCUGCCUCCCAACCAGAAGGCGCGCUACGAGGCCCAGCACGAGCAGGAGAAGGAAGAGUACGAGCGCGCCCUCGCCGAGUGGAAGGCCGCCCUCUCGCCCGACGACAUCAAGCGCCAGAACGCCUACAUUGCCUCGCAGAAGAAGAAGGGCAUCAAGGGCACCGCCUUCCUGCGCGACCCCGCCAAGCCCAAGCGUCCCAACUCGGCCUUCUUCGAGUUCCUCAACGACCUGCGCGCCAGCGAGUCGGUCAUCCCCAACAUCACCGAGUUCAGCAAGCGCGGCGGUGAGCGAUGGAAGCAGAUGACGCCCGACCAGAAGGCACCAUACGAGCAGCGUGCUCUGCAGGCCCUCGAACAGUACAAGCGCGACCUCGAGGUCUACAACAGCACCCGUGGCCCCGAGCUCUAG